AUGGUGGACGAGCAACCACAAAGGGUUACUCUUGAGGAUUACUCUAGCUCCACCGUGCCAAAAAUUUUCACAAGCAUUGCGCGGCCGGAAGUUGAAGCACACAACAUUUCCUAUCCACAUUCCUUGAUCCAGCUGAUUCAAGGAAACUUAUUCCCUGGCCUGUCCAAUGAAGACCCUUAUGCACACCUUGCAACUUACAUAGAAAUUUGCAAUAUAGUGAAGAUCGCAAGGGAGGAAGUAGUAGAGAAAUUUCUGAAAAAGUAUUUCCCAGAAUCAAAGACAACUGAGGGUAAAGCAGCCAUUUCCUCAUCCCAUCAGUUUUCGGAUGAGUCUUUGAGUGAAGCGCUAAAACGAUUUUGUGGCUUGCUGAGGAAGACACCUACUCAUGGAUUCACUGAACCUAUUCAGUUGAAUAUCUUCAUUGAUGGUUUGAGACCACAGUCCAGGCAAUUGUUAGAUGCUUCUGCUGGAGGAAAGAUUAAGUUGAAAACUCCAGAGGAAGCAAUGGAGCUCAUUGAGAACAUGGCUGCUAAUGAUCAUGCUAUCUUGCAUGAUAGAACUCAUAUAUCCACCAAACGAAGCCUGUUGAAACUCUUUUCACAAGAUGCACUGUUGGCACAUAAUAAGCUAUUAGCCAAGCAGUUGGAAUCACUUACAGAAACACGCAUCAAAUUGCCAACACAGCUAUAA